AUGGAAGAUAAUGAUAAAUUAUUUUUUAAAGUUUUUAGAAAUACUGUAAUCAGAAAUAAAAUAUUUUCAUAUAUAAAAACUGAUUCUAAUAAUGGAACUAUGAAAUAUAACACAAUUAUAUCAUUAGAGUGGAUGGUCAAAAAGAACUUAUAUUCAAUGAUUAUUGAUAAAAUUAAAUCAAAACAGAAUUUGUGGGUAACACAUAAAUCAGUCCAACAAUUAAUAUCAAAUAAUGAACAAUACAUAUUAGAGAUACUUUUCAAAAGAUACUUUAUUCAAAAGAAUCCAGAUGAUAAUAUGGUUGUAAAUGGAAUAAAAGAAUGUAACCCAAUUUUAGAAAUGGAUUUUAUUUAUGAAUCGGUAGUGCUCGACUCUGUCCCAGUUUUAAAGCUUUUUUUAAAGCUAAUUAGCGAAAAUAAUUUAUUAAAUCCAUUGUUAAAUAAAUGGUAUAAAGGCAUAGUCUUUAAAAAAAAAAAUAGUUUAUUGGGAAUAGCAAUUGCUAAUGGUAGCUUUCAAGUAGCAGAGUAUUUAUUAACAAACAAUAAAUUAAAUUGGUACAAUAAAUCGGGAAUUGCAGAAGAGUUAAUUACUGUAAUAUGUCGAAAAUACAUCAAUAUGUCAGUAGGAAAAAAUGAAGAUAAUCAACCAAGAUACGAACCACCAUUAUUGCUCGAUCGUUUUUCAAUUAUCCAUACUACAGAUUUUGAAUCUGGUAUUGAAACUGAUAUACAAAAUGUUGAUUUAAAAUCCAAAAUGGUUAAUGAAUUACGUGGGCUUUUAAAAGAACUCACAAGAAAAUAUUUAGUUUUAAAAAAAAUUCCAAAAUAUCGCCGAGGAUGGGAAAAUUAUCAAAAAGAAAAAUUAAACAUAGAGUUUUUAUAUAAAUAUUUUGAAAAAGUUUUCAGGUUUGUUGAAAAAAAUUUAAAUUUUAAAUUAGAAAAAUUGGUAUAUUAUACUUCAAUUUCCCCGCUCUUUAAAAACUGUUCAGGAAUCAAAAUAGUUAACUUUUGUUUAUCAGUAAUUUGUUUAAAAACUUGUAAUACCAACCUGUUUGGCAAAGUUAAUAGCUAUUUUUUACCAGAAAAAGCACAUCUGUUUUCAAACCCACUAGAUAUAGAAUAUUAUGCUGAUUAUUUAUUUUAUAAUAAUAAACUAGAGCUAUUUAAUGAACAUUUUUUAAAAAACUCACCUCAUUCAUUAUUAUUGGUUCAAAAUUUUUACAAUUUAACUUUUGUAAACUUUUCAAUUCCUGCUUUUUAUACACUUAUGACAUUCGGUAAUACGGAAACAUUCAUAGUACCAAGAGAAGAUUUUAAAAAAACAUGCUUUACAGUUUAUCCAUCUAUAAAAAUAUUGCAAUUCUUUCAAUUUAUUUCAAGAAUGGGAACUAAUAUUGCUAUACCUUGGAAAUCGAUUUUUGAACAUUUAAUAAACAACUAUCCCUAUGAUACAAUCAAUUUCUUAAUUUCAAACUCGGAUUUAAUAAAAACCAAUUUUGAAGAAUGGUCCAAUGGUAAAAGAUCUGCACAUCUAUCAAGUAUUUUCUGGAGCUCAAAUUUAAAAACUGGGGUUCUAGAUGAAAGGUUUAUCGAUUUGUUUUUAAAAUACCACAAACCAUCAAUAAAAGACCAUGAAAGACCACCUUAUAAUUUAAGCAAGGAUUUAAAAAUUAAAUUGGUGAACUAUUUGGUCAAAUUAAAGCCAUCAAUUAUUUUAAAAAAUCAAAAUCUAUCAAUAGAUUUGUUAAUUGUUAGUUUAUUUAAACUUAAAAAGGAAUAUAGUUUACAAGAGAUAAUUGAAAUAUACAUAUCUUUAGAUAAAAAUGGAAUCAAAUCAAUUUUAAGUAGCACCUUUACAUCAGCUUUUUCAGUCAUGAAUACCCCAUAUAAUUAUUUUUAUAAUAGUGGCAAUAGAUCAAUGGUAAUCAAUGAUAAUCUCAACGCUACAUUGGAAAACCGCCUUUUUGAAGAUUUUAUUUUAGAUGAAAUAUUUAAAGAAGAUUCUAAUAGUGGUUAUAAAGACUUAAUUUUAAUUUUUAGAACAAUUAAUGGUAUUUGCGAUGAUGAAGAUGAUGCACAAUAUUAUCUUAAGUUUAGCAAGCACAUAGAUUUAAUUAGAUACCUCAGCUUUAACUUUUCAUUGUUUUCUCAAACAUCAGCAAUUGGAAAUAGUAUAAUAAUACCAAUUAUUAACAGACUAAUCAAUCAAGUUAAUAUUUAUGAUAAUCAAAAGGAGUCAGAGCUUGAAAUUAUUUCUUUUAUUAACUCUUUAUCAUUCAAGUUGUUGCAAAAAAAUAUUAUUGAAUUUUUAGUAUCAUGUGUAAAAAAAAAUUGUAUGAUUCUAUUUAAAUUCUUUUUAAAUAAGUAUUUUGCAUCAUUUGAAGAGUUAAGCGAAUAUUAUCCUUUAUUCAAAAAAGACUCAGAUAUUCAAAAAAUAAUAAAAGAAUACAGAACAAAGAUCUCCUAUGGUAGAAAUUGGGAAAUUUCUAGAAUAUCAAAUAUGUUAGAAGGAAAUAAUCCCCCAGCACAAUCCUUACUUUCCAAAUUGUUUUAUUAUAAAGAAUUUGAUAUCGCAAUAAAUUGGCUUUCAAGAAAACAUCUAUUACCUUUAAAACUAUAUAAGGAAAGAGUUUUUGGGAAAUUAUUUAAACAUGUGCAUGACAUUGAUAAAUUUGAAUAUUUUUACAAUGUAUUGGGCUCUAAACUUCAACUGUUUUCUGUCGGAUCAAUUAUUUUUUUAAAAAAAUAUCAUCGUUUUGAUAUCAUCAAACACUUUAUUAAGAAAUCAAUUUUUAGACUGGAUGAUGAUACUUACUACUUUUUAAUAAUGAAUUGUAGUGGAUUUCCAAACUCUAUUAAAAAUGAAUUCUUAAAAGAAGAGAAAAGAAGAAUAAUUAUUCUUGAUAAAGUUGACAAACAACCAAAAAGAAAGAACUAUUCAAAUUAUUUAAAUUAUUUAAAAAGCUUUUUAAUUUUCAAUGGAAUUUCCAGUGCAGCAUUUAUAUCGUUCUAUUUUGCUUACAAAGAUGAUAAUGAAAGAAGUGUUAAAUGUAUGGAGUAUCACAGACUUGCAAAAAAAAUCCUCUUGGAUAUACAAGUGGUAUAUCAAUACCCAAAUCAUUGA